AUGGCCGCCAAGACCCAGCCGUGGAAAGCCGCUUGGCCGGCCGUCGAGGCGCGUGCCUCCGGCAGCAGCUCACCGCCAGUCGAGUACGGCGUCGCCAAGGGCGAUGUGGCCGUCGUCGAUGGCACUGCGGCGAAUGUCAAGCCGUCAGCGCGAGUUACCGCCGAGAGCGCAGAGAGCGCCGAGAAGACGCAGCCGUGGAAGGCCAGCUGGCCCGGCGCAGCCACUGCCACUGCAGCCAGCACAAGCAGCGGCAAAGAAUACGGCGUGGCCAAGGGCGACACGGUCGUGGUGGACGGCACAGCGGCCAACGUCAAGCCAAGCUCGCGCAAGACGGUGCGUGUUGUGCGGCAAUGA